AUGCAAAACCGACACUUACCCACACCUACCAGUACCCUCAAAGUCGAUAUCAGUGGAGCCGAAAUCCUGGAUGACCACCAUCAGUCUGUUGAGACAAGCGACAUUUACCUUCCGAAGCAUACCGAAUAUAUCUCUCACAUUGCUCUAGAUAUUGGUGGCUCUUUGGCCAAGAUCGUUUAUUUCACCCGUGCUACUACUCAUCAAGCUUCGAACCGGACUCGUGGAACCACUUCGGUCCCUUCAACCGGAUCUUUGAGUGCCGACAAUAGGUCUUCAUCCCAAUCAUCAAAAGGAGCUGGACUCGAUGAUACUCCACCCAACGAACCUCAAAAUCAUACCAACCGGAACAAUUUACCGACAUCCAAAUCCACAUCCACACAGCCCAACGGUAUCCUGACUCCGAAAGUCGUAAGGAAUGGGACCCUCAAUUCCACUGGCUCUCUGCACGGCGAGGCGUGUGAACAUCAAGACAGCUGUAUUCGAGAUCAACACGAGCUACCUACUCCUACCACAUCAUCGCUGUCAUCAGUCCAAGCCACCUCACAAGCUGUUUCUCUAGCUGCCAAAUCUGAUUCGAAUCCGAUCGCCCGACAAAGCUUUUCAGGACCUAGUCGACAUACCCAGCGGCUGUCGGGCUCAAGCAUUCCGGGAGGCAGAUUGAACUUUACCAAAUUUGAAACCGAAGCAAUCGAAACCGAAUGUAUCCCCUUUAUCGCCAAUCUGAUAGAAAUCUCAGCCGCAUCGAAUGGAGUACCGAUAAGUACUAUGAAACGAGGUGUGAAGAUCAUCCUUACGGGUGGAGGUGCACAUAUCUAUUCCGAAAUGAUCAAGAAUGUAUUAGGAGGUGAUGUAGAAGUUUUGAAGGAAGAAGAGAUGGAUUGCUUAAUCACUGGGUUGAACUUUAUCACUGAGAUCCCGAAUGAAGUCUUCUGGUUUUCGGAUGAACUGGUUCAACAUAUCGUACAAAACAACCCUCAUGAUGCUAGCGAAAGAGAGGACGCUUUGGAGACGUCUUCUCGGUUGAUAGAUGCUAUAAACGAAACUUCUUCAGAAUCAGUCUUCUCCAGCAAAGAGAAAUCCCAAGAUCCACAAGAAUUACCUCGUCCAUCACCUAAUCCUCCACAAUACUCUGUUCUCUUCGAUUCGAAUCCUACACCCCAAUUUCCCUGUAUGUUAGUCAAUAUCGGCUCAGGAGUAUCAAUCAUCAAAGUAUCAGCGUUUGGCAAAUUUGAAAGAAUUUCAGGUACUUCACUAGGUGGUGGAACACUUUGGGGAUUACUUUCACUCCUAACCCAAGCUAAGAGUUUUGAUGAAAUGUUAGAUUUAAGUAUGAUGGGAGAUAAUUCAAAGGUAGAUAUGUUAGUAGGUGAUAUUUAUGGUCAAGAUUACCAAAAGAUUGGAUUAAAGAGUUCCACGAUUGCUUCAAGUUUUGGUAAAGUGUUUAAAAAGAGAAACAAGAAUUCGGAAACUGAUGAAUCAAAAGAUGGAAGUAGUACUAAGAAAGAUACUUUCAGAGCUGAAGAUAUCAGUAAGAGUUUAUUAUAUGCCAUUAGUAAUAAUAUUGGUCAAAUUGCGCACUUGAACGCAGAAAAACACGGACUAGAUCGAAUAUACUUUGGAGGAUGCUUUAUCCGAGGACAUGCUGCAACAGUUUCAACUUUAUCAUAUGCGAUUAGGUUUUGGUCUAAAGGCACAAAGAGAGCUUUCUUCCUUAGACAUGAAGGUUAUCUUGGUUCGAUAGGAGCUUGGCUAAAAAAUUUAGAUGAAGAAGAACCCAGGUAAAACUUUCAAGGAGUUGAAGUGAGAUGGUGACUUUUCUUUUCUAAUUAGACUAUGGACAUAAUGUUGGUUCUUGACUCAUGUUUUGUAUGAAUUCUUGAUAA